CAGCGGCACAUCUCUCACAUCUCAUCUCAACUGCACCUCAUUCGCGCUUUCACCUCACCUCACCCCCAUCCUGUUCGCAGCCAUGUGCAUUGCCUUCCUUGCGUGGAAUGCGCCUGGACGCUAUGCGCUUGUGAUUGCCAACAACAGGGAUGAAUUCUACGCUCGUCCAACAAGCCAAUGCCACUGGUGGCCCGAGCAUCCCAACGUUCUUGGAGGUUACGAUAUGCAGGAAGGCCGGCCAAAGCACGGCACUUGGAUGGGAAUCACACGCCAGGGCCGGGUGGGGGUGCUGACAAACGUGCGGGGCUUGCACGACGACGAAAGCCCUCGCGGCCGAGGUGAACUUGUUCGGGACUUCCUCGUCCAUCCACAUGUGACCCCAUGGGAUUACUGCGAGCGCGUCGCCAAGCAUGACCGGGACUACGGAGGGUUUAAUCUGCUGCUGUUUGAUUUGGCAAAGCGCACGGAGCCAGCCGCCUACCUCACCAACCGUGGCACAUCCAGCGGGACUGUCUUGGGCGUACCUGCGGGCAUCCACGGCCUCUCCAACGCCGCCCUCAACAUCCCGUGGUUCAAGGUGGAGCGCGGGAAGUCGCGCAUGGCGCAGAUGGACUUGAACCUGCCGGAGGAAGAGCUCACGCCACUGCUCUUUGACCUUUUGUCCGACACGCAAAAGGCGCCGGCGUCGGAGCUGCCACAGACAGGCCUGGGCGAUGCCAUUGAGCACCACCUGUCCAGCACGAUGGUCGACAUUGAUCCCAGCUUGGGGCUGCCACAUCUCGGCAGCGGCUACGGCACACGCGCACAGACCGUGAUCCUUGUGGACAAACAAGGCCAUGCCGUUGUUUUGGAGCGCGCACGCAACGCAGACGGCUCCUGGUCUGACCAGAAGUUUGAAUUCGACCUGGACACGACAGACACGGCCACAGACGCUUCACAACAGUCAUCACAACAACAACCGUCGCAAGAGCACGAAUCACAACAACACGCAUGAGCAGUAGCUCACGCCAAGCAGCGUAUCGUGGUAAACCGUUGUUGUUGCUGUUGUUGUUUUCUGUGCAUGCACAGUGCUGUGUUUUGUUUACGAUCUUGCCCCCCGCCUCCCUGCCCGCCUGUCUUGCGUGUGCGCAGAGCGUGUUAUCCCUUGCUUGUAUCGUGCCCUGCUUUGCAAAAGUGGCUGUCAUCGAGCCAACUGUGACGAAUGAGAGUGACAUUCCCGUCACUUGUGAGCGUUGAGUCCCUUCGAAUGCGCCCUCCUCUCUUCUCCUCUUCUCCAUCUCACUCGCCUGAAUCGCUUCUUCUUGCUUGCCUUGCUGGCUUGGCUGCAUCUCCGCGGUUAUUCGCAAUAUAUUUCACCAAUUUUCCAC